AUGGUUAAGGGCGAAAUUUGUUUGUUUGCCUCGAUUCAUAUUGGGCAGUCCCUUUCGAUUUCUAAUCUAUUAUGUGCUAAAAGGGUAGGCAUUCCCCGUGUGGUUUGUAAGCGUAAGAAAAUAAUUGAAGUGUUCUGGUGUCCUCCUUUCCCUGGUUGGGUGAAGUUGAACACUGAUGGGUGCUCUCUGGGUAACCUAGGAAAGGCAGGGGUUGGAAGAAUCUUUAGAAAUGAGAGAGCAGAGUCCAUCCUGAAUUAUAGAGAAAUCGUUGAUAUUAUAACGAAUUUUGAAGCUGAAUUUUUGGCGAUUAUGGCUGGUCUUGAGCAGGCUAAGUACCAUGGCAUUCAAAAUCUCUGGAUUGAAUGUGACUCUGUGACUGUGGUGACCCUUCUAUCUAAAGGUCUGAUCCCGGAAGCAAACACAGUGGCCGAUUUCUUGGCUAAAUCAGCGGCUCGUUUAGAAAUUUCUUCUCCAGUGGCAUUGAGAUCUAUUCUUCAGUUUGUGACAUUUCUGGUCUUUGCUUCUUGGUAUGUUUUUUCAGUGGCAUACAAGUUGUCAAAGAAGAAGACAGAUGAAACGUUCAGGUCACUUUACACGAUCCUUUUUGGAAGGAGGGGAAAGGCAUCUGAUGUCAAGAAGAAUAUUUCCCAGUUUUCUGGCUUUGUGUGGCAUGAGAAUGAGGAAAAGCAAAGGAUGAAAUUAAAAGAAAAAUUUGACAAGUGUUUUAAGGAGAAGUUGGUAGAAUUCUGUGAUGUGCUUGACAUAUCUGUUGUGAAGACAACAACAAGGAAGGAAGAUAUUGUUGUGAAGUUAAUAGACUUUUUGGCAUCUCCACAUGCAACGAAUGAUGUUUUACUUGCAGAGAAGGAGCAGCCAAGUAAAGCUAGAAAGCGCAAGAGGUCUGUCAAGGGAACUGCAUCAAAGCCUGGUGGUUCUUCUGCAAAAGACUCUUCAGGGAAACAAAGGAAGUCUGGAGACACUCCAAAAGGGAAGGAUAAAGGGAGUGCCCUUGACACAGGAGAUGAGUCUGAAGAAGAGGAGGAAGAAGAGAAUGAUAAUGAUGUUCCAGAUGAACCUCAGGAGGUUCUUGACCAUUCUGAGAAUGAGGAUAAGAAUGAGGAUAAGGAAGAUGAAUCUGUAGAGGAGUCUGAAGAAGAUACGAGAAAGCGUAAACGCAGUUCAAAGAAAUCAUCAUCGAAGAAGGAAUCUGCUGGGAAAACUAAUAUGAAGAAAUGUACAACCUCCACAAAAGCUACUCCAACUAUUCUGCCUAAGAAAACCCCAAGCAAAACAACUCCAAGCAAAUCAUCUUCUAAGAGUUCUAAGGUUGAUGACAGCAUUGAUAAAAGCCCGAAGGUGUUUUCAAGAAAGAAGAAAAAUGAGGAGACCAGGAAAAGGGCCUCAACCCCAGCAAAAUCUGCCACCAAAGAGAAAGCUGGUCUAAAGGUGGUGAAAGGGAAGGAUAAAUCCAGAGAGGGAGAACCUGGACCAAGUGAAGAUGAACUAAGAACUGCAAUCUGUGAAAUUCUGAAGGAAGUUGACUUCAACACGGCGACAUUCACAGACAUUCUCAAGCUGCUCGCUCGGCGGUUCAAGAUGGAUCUCACACAGAGAAAGUCGGCUAUAAAGCUUCUGAUCCAAGAAGAGCUUACAAAACUAGCUGAUGAGGCAGAAGAUAAUGAGGAGGAUGAUGGGGAAGGUGAUGAAAAAGAAGAUCAACCAACUGCUGCUCAAGAGGUAGAGGCUUGACUGUUUACAUGAGACAUACAUAGCUGUAACUUAUUCUUGGUCAUAUAUUGCUGGCAACAGAAGAGGUGUUUUCAGGCAGUGGCGGUGGGGGUGACAUGUUUUGGAUGCAUGAUCAGAGAUUCGUGCUCAUUUUUUUUCUAAACUAACCCUCAUGGAUACAGUAAGGCAGGUAACUUGUGUUUUUUCCCGCAGAAUCAAGCCUCAAAAAUGAAGUUUUACCCCACCAUGAUCACCAAACAGAUGCCUGAAGCAAUUUCGUAAAUAGUUGCCUUCUUGUGGGAUUAAUGUAUAAUGCCUUGAUCUACCCUGACCUAACUCUAGAUAACGCCUACUUGACAUGUAGGAACUCCAAACGAACUCUUGGACAUCUCUUAGCAUGUAAGCAGGGUUUGAAAGUCCGAUCCCGUCUGGCCAAUCUGGGUUGGACUGAUCCUGUACAUAAACUAGGUUUUGUGGGGUGCCACUGGAUUGGUUAGGAUUGGAAUUGGCCGGAAUUGAUAUCAUCCAUGCUGUCCAAUCUGAUCUGAUCAGAUCAGAUCGAUUCGGCUGGAUGGAUCCGGAUCUGAUUCCUGUUUUUUAAGCUGGUAGGUGUUAUCAGUUUCUGUGUCGUUUUGAGAUGAGUCCCUUUGGGGCUAAGAAGUCAUUCAAGCAGGCGGAAGGUACCUUUUUAAUAGUUUUGGCACGAGUCUUUUGUAUGGUCUUUGCAAAGAAAAGCGAUGUUUAACUUGCUCUUA